CGGCAAACGAUAGAGUAUGUGGGCUGCUAAUGUUUUCUUUAAUCAUUAAUAACCAGUUAAGCAAACCACACACACACACACACACAUACGCCGCAGACAGGUCUAAAAACUUUGUUGAUUUCUUGGGCUCAGCUGCAUUAUUCAUCAUAUCAACAAGAUUGAGUUGGAAUGGAGAGCAAUUCAAGAAGCGGUAGCAAAUUCAAGAAAAUCUGUGUGUUCUGUGGGAGUCAUCCGGGCCACAGAAAGGUCUUUAGUGAUGCUGCUAUUGACUUGGGAAAUGAACUGGUGAAUAGGAAGAUAAACUUGGUGUAUGGAGGUGGAAGUGUUGGGCUGAUGGGGUUAAUAUCUCAGAGAGUUUAUGAUGGUGGUUGCCAUGUUCUUGGAGUAAUUCCGAAAGCUCUGGUUCCCAUUGAGAUAUCAGGAGAAACUGUUGGAGAUGUGAAAAUUGUUUCUGAUAUGCAUGAGCGCAAGGCUGAAAUGGCUCGAGAGGCUGAAGCAUUUAUUGCUCUUCCUGGUGGAUAUGGAACUAUGGAAGAGAUGUUGGAGAUGAUAACUUGGGCACAACUUGGAAUCCAUAAGAAACCGGUAGGUUUGCUCAACGUCGAUGGCUACUACAACUCUUUGCUCACGUUAUUUGACAAAGGUGUUGAAGAAGGCUUCAUAAAGGCAAGCGCAAGGCACAUAGUUCUUUCAGCUCCUACAGCCAACGAGCUUUUGACGAAGAUGGAGCAGUACACCCCUUUCGACGACCACGUCGCCCCUCAUGAAAGCUGGCAGAUGGAGCAAUUGGGUCGUUAUCCGACGGAAAGAAAUUCAUGAUUGGAUUCAUUUCUGUGGUAGGCCUAUUUAUUGGAUAGAAGUGAUAGCUGAGGUGAUUGAUUCUGAUUGCAUUGUGUGUUAGAGCGAUUUAAGCUGGGGCCAGCAUAUAAUCACUCAUUAAAGUCUGCCUUCUUAAUUCUUCGUGAUUUGAACUCCUCCCCCGGCAUGACUAUCCUCUCUGUUUCGCACGAUUAUACUUGUACUUUUAGAGUUGUAAAUCAGUACUGAUUUACAGUCACAUUUGUCCAUUCCCUCUUCGGACGCCUUGAAAUGCUAAGCGCUCUAUUGUGAGAGUUAUAAAUGCUAACAAUGAAUUCAACUGGAUUGUACUUGCUGAACAUGCGUCUGUUUUCAUACUGAUGCAAGUUUUGGCUUUUAGUCAAAUUGUGUUAGCUAUAUGACUCAGAAAUCACAAUGAAUCUUGCAAUAGACAGUGGCAUGAAACAUUGUUGGUGUGGUUUGGUUUCUAA